AGAUGCAAACAGGGACACGACUGGUGACACUUUAAAAUGAAGAGUAAGACCCCUACCACAAAAGGACCAGCUCUGUCGUUAGACAUGGCACUGAGAUCAAUAUUGGUGACUCUAUUUUUUGCCUACACCUUCUUUGAUUAUACAGAAUCAACUUCGGCAAAAUCUGGUGUUACCUGCCAAUUCAAGGUCUUCCCCAACAACCCAAAUCUCUAUUAUGAGAUAGUAUAUAGUGGUGGCUACUUGGUGAGACAGUGUCACUUUGGCAGUAAGUUUAGUGUGUCAAGAUGUUCCUGCUCCAAUAAAACCGACACAAAAGCAAAGGAUGGUUCAGCCAAAAAGAAGAUGAAAGGUGCCCAAAAGACAAGUAAAUCAGGUUUGGGUUCAAAUAAAGCUACACAACACAUAUUAAAGACUAAGAUCACGAUAAAGAAAUUUCCGAAUCUCCCUCCAGUCACGAGUACCCCAACUGCGAGUACAACAACAAGACGUGGAGGAAAGUUGAAAAAAUUUGCUACCAAGUUGACCCAGAUACAAUCGGUUGUCCUCACACUAAGUAAGAGCGCCAACAAAAGUGCAGCAGCAACCAACAGCAGCAAGCGUGAACAUGGUAGCCGUGCAGCAAUCGCGGAGAAGACAAAGAGUGGUCAAGGCACUCGCACGGCCGAGUUGGCUGCAGAAGUACUUCAGUCACCGAAUAACAAGUCUGGGUUGGUGGUGCUGGACGCAGAUACGAGUGCGAGUAGAGAGCGCAGCGCAGAGGCGUCGUCUGCGUCGAAUGAAUCCGAUACAAGUCUGUCAGCAUCCGAGGAAGAAGAGCCUGCGAGCAAAGUUGUGACCACUAAGGCUCCAAUUUCAAUAAAUAAAACGUGUGCCCUAAAUGCCAAUGCUGAGAACCCCACCAAAUAUUACGAGCUGGUUCCUGGACAUGGUUAUUACAUUAGGGAUUGCGCUGAGGGAUCGGCUUUCAGCCCGAUAGCCUGUGGCUGUACUAUUCAUGCUAAGAAAGAAAAAGAGGACAAACCUGAGAGCAAAGAAAUGUGGAAGAAACCCCUAAAGGAAGAACUAGCAACUAUAAUGCAACCCCCAACCAUACUGCCUACAGAAGCUGCUAAAAAAUCGUACGUCUAUAUACCAGUGUGUCAGCGGAGCUCCUGUGUUGAUGAUCCCACAAAAUACUUCGAACAAGUACCAGGCCAUGGCUUCUAUUUAAGAUCGUGUCCAAAGGGCACAGCUUUCAACCCCAUUCACUGUCAAUGUUCAAUACACUAUGGAAACUCUGGUCGAGUGAUUUUCAAAUUCCGAAACAACGAAGAGGAGGCGGAGGCGGAGGAGAGUAAGAGAAACGAUGAAGAAAAUGAUCAAGUGGCUGACGAUAAUGAGGAUAACGCAGGAGAAGAAGAAGAAGAGGAGGAAGAAGAAGAAGAAAGGGAACCAGUAGAAGAAGAGGAAGGAGAGAGUAAGAAAACCAAUGUGGGAUCACUGUUGUUAAAUUUACUUUCAGCUGCAGAGAGAAAAUAUGGCAGUUUGUGCAACCUGCAGACUUUCCUAGGUGAUUCUACCAAAUAUUACAAUCCGAUUGCUCGUGUUGGACAUAGAGUACUGCACUGUGCCAAAGGCCUGGUAUUCAAGUUUGAAUACUGCAGAUGCGUACGCAAAAAAGUUACGAUUCACUGGAAGAAAAUCCUACCAUACAUUUAUAUCUAAGAUGACAAACCGAAAACAAAUAUUCUACAGUCUCUUCAAUUGGUAUUCCACCAUAUAAGGGAUAUGUGAAGACAUUGACCAUCUCUGCCAUGUAAGGAAAUGUCUGACGAGAACUGAUGUUCGUCGAUGAAAUAUGAAUUUACAAAAAUAAAAUCUUAAAUGAAGUCCU